AUGGCGGCGGGUGUCAUCAGAACCUUCUAUCUGACCAAUCAGUUGCUCGGUUCGCUGACACCAUCAGCCGUGGACGUCAUGCGGUAUUUUGGUGAUCGCCACGAGCAGCCGGACGCCUGUAACAUCUACAGUGACAAUGACCGCAUCUCCCACGGCAAAAAGUGGACGGACGGCGUUACUAUGAUGACCUGUCGGAUAGAGCCGAGCCAGGGACGAUGCCGUCCAAUGAACAAGAGACAACUCCCUCUCAGCUUCUGGAACGAGCCAAUCCCCUGUCUCCCUGUGGGCACGCUCAGUAGCGCUGACAACACACACUCACAUGACAACACACACUCACAUGACAACACACACACACACCCGGACUUCAGUGACCUGCUUGCUCACUGGGACCCCAAUCCUGACCUCACGCAC